AAUGCCAUGCCCGGAUUUGGUGGGAUCGAUAAUCGUUAUAAUCUGUACUUUCACAUCCACGCGAUGUUUUGAUUGGGCAGUAAUGGUGUGGGAGCUUAGAUUCCAUGGUAUGUCAUUCUCGAUGUAACCCGACCCUGGAGACCCAACACCCUUGCGAAUUGUCAAACCACGCAACCUUCAAAUACCGGUGCUCAUCCUACAAUACUCUCCUCGGUAUUCCCUCAUGGCUAACGCCCCGCUUUCCCCCUCAUAUUGACUGAAUGGAUCUUGCUAAAACCGUUUCCCUCGUAUCAUUCACAUUGCUCUACUAUGACUACUUCCUCACAAUAGAGGGAGAAGUUAAUCUGUUCUGGACGUACCGUUCCCUGACCUGGGCCCCAGUCAUGUUUUACCUUACUCGGUAUUUCAGCAUUUUAGGGUCCAUCCCUAUUAUGUUAGGACAUUUUUGGUUGGGCCACGUCAAGGUGAAUGGAUCAUAGUUCUGACAUUUACUGUUUCCUGACUGCCGAAGUUAUGCUUGAGCUUUCAAACCUACCAUCAAUAUUAUUCUCUGGCUCUUCAAAUGUUCAUCGGUGUUUUGCUGUUGCUCCGCACGUACGCUCUCUUUGAACGUAACUUCAAAGUGCUCGUUUUGCUAGUGGCUGUUGGAUUGGCUUUGGUAAUCUUUGGUAUCGUUGUUCUUGCCUGGGGAAGAAAUGAGAUCCAAUUUCCAGCCACGGUCACGAUGAACCAAGCCGGCUGUCGAUUCUGGCUAGACCAACGAGA